GAAAAAUCUUAGCUUCGGGGUAUAUUUGAACAAUUUUUUGUUUGUUUGUUUGUUUUUUGCUAACUAGAAUGCGUUUAGGAUACAGUGUAUUUUACUAAGUGAGUGUACAUCGAGGAUAUCUCUGUAAUUUUGAGGCUAAAAAUAAUUACGGACCUUUUGACUACAAAACCCAGAAGGCAUGUGCUUUACGUCAUACGCAAUCACGUUAUUGUUAUGGGCUCCUGGAUUUAAAAGUGGAGUCGGAAGGUUUUCUGUGAGUAUCUCGAUUAGCGUUCAAAUGAGACAUGAACUGGGACAAUCAGCUGAGCUCUAUUCUGUCUGUAGCAGAUGGCAGUGUUGCAAAGAUGAGGGAGAGGUUGACGCCAACGGGGAAAUUCUUCAAAGGAGGCGAAGAUUUGUUUCCAGUGCGUGAGAGAGGUUGUGAUUCAGAUUCAGAUCCCCCUGCUCUUCCUCCUCGAGCACCACUUCUCCGACAGACUUCCUCAACUUUCAGUCCUGGUGUGCAGUGGGCAGACUUGGCUUCUGUCCAGUCACAGCUCCAGAUACAGAGCCAGGCGAUUGAUUCCCUCACCCAGAGGCUCCAUGAUUUGGAAAGGGAGAAGCACUCUCAGCAAUGUCACAUUCAGGUGCUUCAAGACGAGGUCCACAGGCUGCAUGAGGAGUUGAGAGAGAGGGAUAGACAAAGGGAGGAAUCGAGGAGAGGACAAAGCCCAGGAGCAGAGAGAAGGAUGGAGCAGUGGAGAAGAGAAGUUGGACGUGAGCUGAACAGUCUAAGGGGACACAUCACCCGAGCCACGUCGCUAGGCAACCUGGAGGAGAGUUUUACCUCAAAGCUCCGCCGAGAGGAGCUGGAACAGCUGCGCAGAGAAUUGGACCAGCUAAAAACACGGCUAAGGAGGCAGGAGGAGGACAUGUUUCUCCAGCAGGCACAGGCCAGGGAGACCAGGAGACUGUACGAACACAGCUGCAAGACUCUGGAGGAGCUGACAGACAGCUACAGAAUUCACAACACUGAUCUGACAAAGACAGUCUUACAGUAUUCCCACACACAGCAAGAGGUUCGCCAGAUCAGAUCAACUGUGUCAGAACUGAAGGAUGAGGUCAGAAGUCUCGUUCUCCGAGGAUGUGAACCAACAUCACCUCUGCCUUCAGCCCACACAUCAACUCUUCAUCAGAAGCCCAGAGCACGUCUGAGUAUUCAGUCCAGGCGGAGUGACUUUGCUGGUCCUGGAUCAGAUGUGGAUGGUGAUGACAACGAUGAUAAUGAUGGUGAUGAUGAUCUUGAAGAUGAUGUGAAUGCAGAUUUGGGAUCUGACCUAAGUCUUGAUGAGCUUUGA